GCGAACUCGCCUACUCUAUGCCUGAUUUGUACAUUCCGUCGGAGUAGAUGGCGCGAAACGGCCGCGUCAUACACCGUGUUUUAAAACCUUAUACCGUUUCACGUAAUACAAAUAGUUUUUCAACUUUCGUCGUAACCUAACCGUGCGCCCGCUGCACAGUUCCUGUCUACCAAGAAAGUUUGCAUAACAACAGUGGUUACUGAAUUUCACUAUGUGAUAAUAAUGGAAAUAUUUAACUCCAUACACAAUUACAACGCGUACCUAUGUUACAAAUCAAAAUGACUCAGUGUUUUUAAAAUUUGAAGUGUUUGCAGCUAUAGUGUUCCAAACUGCUAACCAGUGGAAUGUGCGCCCAUAGAUCUGUUCAAACCAGAUACGGAGCAUAAAAAUAGAACUUUUCUAAGAUCCCAUGUAUUAGAUCAGAUAGUUUAGUAUUAUGGGAGACUUUGUUCGCGUGUAAUUGUUAUAAGUUACAGUGUGAAUCGUGAGCAAUAUGUCAUACAGCUGGAGAUGUCGGUUGUGUACUGCCGUGGUGACGGUAAUGUGCAUGAUGUCGGGUAUGAACGCAGGUAGCGGCUGCUCAGAUGAUCUACGACCGAUUGGCCCGAUUAUAAGUCCAUGUCAAAAAGAAAUAAUAUUGCAGAAGGGACAAAACUAUACGCUAACGUGUAAAGGAAAAACACCUGUACAGAUUAAACAACAAGAAGUACCCGAAGAAGUAAUCGGAGACUUUCGUAUAGUACAGAGAAAUAUGUCUGGUCUGGUCGAUGAAUACAAGUUCGGAACAAUUCUAGAUCUGUUUAACGUCGAUCAGUAUGCGAUUGGCUAUUACGCUUGUUUCGACGACACGGUCAACGGUACCGAUAUACUAAAUAACCUUGUUGAAGAACCAAAUAACACUGAACAUAUAACUUUUAUUUAUAUUUACGUUAAUGGCUCGGGUAGCUUGUUUGCGCCCAUGAGAGAAGUGAUUGUUCCAAGACAACAAUGUAAAGUUGUAAUCGAAUGUAGACCAACGACACCAGACAUUGAAGUUACCCUGAUUUCGAUUCAGGACAUUGCAGACACACUUUAUCAGCAAUAUAGUCCCAAAAUCGGGUUCGUCAUCGAUAGCGACAUGCUCUCGGAUCCUCUCGGAUCGAUUUUGAUGUAUCGCAUCUGUGAAUUUACUCAGGGACCUGAUCGGAUAGAGAAACAAGUUGUUUUCCAACACGUUAGGGUACCACCAGAGCCAAGGAUAGAACCUCUGAAAAAGUUUUUUUUAAAAGGAGAAUCAUUUAGCAUCAAUUGUACUGUUGAUUAUAAGCCUGAUUCUGUCGUAUAUUUACAUUGGAAGUAUCCUCCGAAUGUUGCGAAGGAAUCCAUAAUAGAGUCUUCGAAUGAAUUUCUAGUGGCUGGAAAAAUCUUGUACAAACAUAUAACAGUUGUAAAUGCAACGGACGUGCACAAUGGAAAAUAUACGUGCGUCGCCAGUAAUAAUUGUGGGGAAAAAGAAAAUUCUUCCAAUAUGAUAUACUUAGCUGAACCUUUGCUUGAUCUGAUCCCGGAUUCUGACGACAAUCGAUCUGAGCACAAACAGAGGACGAUAAAGCAGAUGAUUAGGUUGAAAGAUUACCCACGUGCUUCCUAUCACGCCUUACGGAAUGGAAAGCCUUUACCUAAAAACCCGUCUAAAUACAAUGUGACCAGACACGAGCGUACUGGAGAUAUUAUCCUGACCAUAUUCAAUUCGACUGUUACGGACUCCGCAAACUAUACCAUUGUUGCCUCCAACUCAUACCUGACAAAAAGUCACACGUAUGAUAUUCGAGUCAUAGCCCCACCAACUGUCGACUUCGGCCCCGAUGCUGAUAAGAAAUACAUGAAGGGUACAACGGCUUCCCUAAAAUGUGUCGUAACAGGGUACCCAUUGCCUGAUGUCACGUGGAUAUUCUCAAACGGGGUUAAUCAGACCAUGAAAAGCAGCUCUAUAGAAACAGAAUCAGUUUAUAAGGAAACAGCAAUAUUAAACGUCCCGGUCCACGCGUCUGUGAACAUUACAUGUCAAGCGACGAACAAGCAAACAGCUACCCAAACAAGAAGGCUCCUGGUCUACGAGAUGCCAAACGGCUUCGGCAUUGAGGAUACAUCAAAAACAUGGUUCUACCAAAACCAGGAUGUAACUAUAACAUGCAUUGCGUCUAAAUAUGACUUUCGCAGCGUAACUUGGAUAGGAUCUGAUGAAGAAGACUUGAACGGAACUGCCGCAGUGGAAUACACAACGAAUACAUUCUCAUACAUUGCCAAAUUGAGGUUUCCUCAAAUCUCUAUCAACCAGAGUGGACCGUAUAUUUGUCGCGGCCAGAGGCUAAACGGUGUCUUCGAGACUGAACUGAUUAAUAUCACUGUUGCUUCGCUUCAGCCGCCAAUAAUAAACAAUCCUGCAGCUGACGAGAAUGUGGAGGUGGUACUUUUCCAACAAGUUGAUUUGAAUUGUCAAGCCGAAGGUGUGCCUCCACCCAAAUUGGAGUGGUAUAAGGAUGACGUUUUAAUGAGCAACGAUACGAAUGCAAAAAUUAUUAGGAACGAUAUUAGUCGUACUGUGGUUAACUCAACAAUUUCGAUAGAUCGAAUCAUUGAUGCAAACAAGGGUGUCUACCAAUGUGUAGCCACCAGCACCGGUGAUGGUUAUCCAAUCGCGAGCAGAACUUAUACUAUUACACUGAAAGAACCAUCAUACGCAGUGUACCUAAGCGGGAUUUUAGCAGUGAUCUUGAUUCUAAUCCUCGCGGUCAUGUAUUUAACGUGGAAAGUACGAAAAGAGAAGCGAUUCAGAAAAGAACUGGCAGCGGCAGGACUUCUAUAUUUUAAAGAAGGAGUUACUAAAUCUCUUAAUCCAGAAUUAGGGAUUGAUGAACAAGCUGAAUUAUUGCCGUAUAACGAAAAGUUUGAAUUUCCAAUAGAAAAACUAAAACUAGGCAUUCAGCUCGGUGCGGGUGCAUUCGGCGUGGUUUACAAGGCAGAGGCACGAGGCAUCGUUAACGCUGAAGAAACAACCGAAGUGGCCGUGAAAAUGGUGAAGAAAACAGCAGACAAUAUGUAUAUCAAAGCGUUGGCCUCAGAACUAAAAAUAAUGGUGCACUUGGGGAAACACAUAAACAUUGUGAACUUGCUCGGAGCGUGCACGAAAAAUGUUGGGAAACGGGAGUUGGCUGUAAUUGUUGAAUAUUGCAAGUUUGGUAAUAUACACAAUUAUAUGCUGAGGCAUCGGGAGGUUUUCAUAGAUCAACUGACUGAUAAUAAGGAAAAGAAUCUAGGGAGAGUUAACAGAGGAUUCUCUUGCAGUAGUGGUAGUACUGGGGCACAGUCAGAUUAUUUCGGCUCGAGUACACAAGACACCGACCACACAUUCGUGAACACUGCUAAUACCAAUAGAUCUACUAGAAAUGCAUCAGAGAGCUACGUGCAACCGGAAUGGCGAUCGAACUACGAAAGCGACUAUUGCUUUGACGGUCGUAAUCCACGACCGCUGACCUCUCGUGACCUGCUCGUGUGGGCCUUCCAAAUCGCGAGGGGCAUGGAGUACCUUGCUAGUAGAAAGGUUCGACACGGAGAUUUGGCAGCAAGAAACGUGUUGUUAGCCGAAGACAAUAUCGUGAAGAUUUGUGACUUCGGUCUCGCUACAAGCGUUUACAAAAGCGAUGAAUAUCAACAGAAGGAAAACUGUCCUCUGCCCUUCAAAUGGCUGGCAAUAGAGUGUAUGGAGUCUCGCAUAUUUUCAACACAGUCAGACGUCUGGUCUUUCGGCAUCGUCUUAUGGGAACUCUUCUCUCUGGCUAAGACACCUUAUCCGAACAUGGGACCUGCCGAUCUGCUGUCCUGGCUAUCCUCAGGAAAUCGCCUGGCUAGGCCAACGUACGCAGACCAGCGGCUACAUGACGUGAUGCUCAGGUGUUGGGAUCAGAAGCCAACCAACAGGCCCAGCUUCAGUGAACUGCAAGAGAUUCUUGGCGGCUUUUUAGAAGAUAAUGUGCGAAACCACUAUGUAGACCUAAACACGGCAUAUACAAAUAUGAACCCGAACCCUGGAGGCGAGGACUACCUCGCGAUGGUGAUGGCUCCAGACUAUAACAACCUCACCACUCCCAGCCCGCGUCACGAGUACGCGAACGACAGGAACUUCUUCCCUAACACGCCUACACAAAUAGACGGAUCGGAUAACCCUAUAUUCUGACUACACAAAAACACUCGAACGACGAGCAAGGCUAUCUACAGAUGAGUCCAGCUUCACGGCAAAACAGCUACAAUCCUCGAGCUCAGGACCCCAAAUUUGACUUCGACGCUCGUAAAUUCAAUCCGAGGGUAUCCGAAGCAAGCAGCUGUGGUUCUGAGUUAACUCCGAUGCUUACCUUGAAUAACUUACCUGCUAGAAGCGGCUCAGAAUCCGACCACGAAGGUAACUCUUCGCCUUAUCUCAAUAUGUGUCCUAGGAUAGAUGAAGAAACUGAUGACGUAUUUGAAACAAACCAAAAGAACGCGCUGAACACGGCGGUCACAAACCCCACGUACAUCUCGUUAGAUAUCGGCGACGAAAAGAAGCCGAAAGAUAUUAUUAACUCUUAUAUUAACAUACCGAACGGUCUAGUCAAAUAAUUUCAUUUUGUGUUACAGAAUAAGCUAAUCUCAUUAUUUACAUAGUGUCUACUGUUCUUAUAAUCUGCGUGAAUGUAAAAUUUUAUAUCUGUUAAUUUUGAUCUCUUUACUUACUCCUGAUGAAAGAUGUAUUUCUGUUUUAAUUUUCUUUUAUGUGAUUUUUUUUCUUUUCUUUCUUUCCGUAAUUGAUUAUUUCAUCUAGUGAGCUUAUUUGUUGUAUCUUCAUUCAUGUUAAUAGGUUUGUAUCCUAGGUGUAUUGUGUGUACAGAAAUGUUGACUUUUGUGUAGACUGAUUGGCUCAGGUGGUUUACAAGCUUGCAGUAAGCGCGAUGUUGCUACUUGAUUGAAUAUUUUAAACUUUACGAGUUGUAAAGUUUUUUCUGAUUGUCAGUUUUGGACAAAUUAAAACAACAAAUAAUAGCUGGUGUCGGUGACCCGGUUACACCGCGCGUGUGUAGUGAACGAGGAGACGUAUGAUGUGAUAUUUUGUUAUAGGACAUUGUAAUUGGACUCUACGUAUUGUAUGGAUGUAGUCAGUAUUUAUGUUCUGCGAAACCCACCAGUUACAUAUAAUUGUGAAUAUGUUUUAUAUAUUCUUAUUUGUACAGAAAACAUUCCUAUUUUGUAUUUUUUUUCGAAUAGAAACAGUCUUAUGAUUUAUUUUGCAUUAUACUUGUUAUUGUUUUAUUAUUCUAUGUGAGUUGUAGGAUAUAUUGAUUGGGAACUUCCACCAAAUGCUAUAUUUAUGAAUUAAUAUAUGAAUGUUUAAUGAUUGUGGCGUCGAUUGACUACUCUAGUUCACGUCGUUUAGAUUGCUUUGAUUUAUUAAGUACAUAUUAAAGCAAGUAAUUCUAUGUAGGUAGCCUUAAUGUAAGAUUUUAAUGCAAUUAAUAUUUACUUUGCAUAAUGUGUAUAUUUUCAAGUACCUAAUGUUAGAAAUAAUAUGUAUUCUUCAAAUAUUAGAUGUUUUUGUUACUCAAAAUGUAUUGCGUCAAAUUACAUUCAAAGUUUACUGUUAAAUGUACAAGACUUAUUUGGUAUGAAAUUAAUUUUCUUAAGACCAUACCUGUAAAGAUUAUAUUUUUGUCUACUUUGAAUACUUUGCUGUAAUCCUUGUGUAUGAGAACGUGAAUAUCUUUUGAAGGCUAAGUAGAAAACUGUUGUUUUUGAUCAAAAUAUAUUUUUGUUGUACAAAUUAUGUAGAUGCCAUAUAUAAAAACUCAGUAAAAUAAUAAUGAAAAAUAUAUCAAUGUGAUAUUAAUAUAAUUUUA